AAUAUGUCUCAGAUAUGUGGAUCAAGACCUUGUGCCACAGGAAGUCUUUGUGGGAUUGUAUGAGGUGCUAGGGACAACUGGUGAGCAGAUGGCUAAGAUAGCUAUUGAUGUGCUCCUGAGAUUGAAUAUUCCAAUCUCCGGUUUGCGAGGCCAGCCAUACGAUGGAGCAGCCAAUAUGUCAGGGAAAUUCUCAGGGGCACAGGCAGUGUUAAAGAGAGAACAGCCAUUGGCUUUGUAUGUGCAUUGUGGUGCACAUUGUGUGAAUCUUAUAACACAGAGUGUUUGCAGCGCCUCUACCUUACUACGUGACUCAUUGCAGUGGGUCCAUGACCUUGGAACUCUGAGCAACCAAUCAGGGAAAUUCAAAGGGGUAUUGGCUAGCCAUCUAACAUCUGAGGGGCCUACCAAAACAGGUAAACCUCUGUGUCCAACUAGGUGGACAGUGCGUGGUCAAAGCUGUUGAUACAGUUCUCAGCCAGUAUGAGGCUAUGUUGUGUAGUUUGGAGGAAAUGGCCUCAGUUGGUUCUGAAACUGGCACUAGAGCCAAUGGUCUCCUAGAACGCUUCCAGAAGGGAAAGACUGUUCUUGGACUGCUGGUAGCAUCAGAGGUGUUGGGAGAGCUUGAGUGCUUAAACAAAUCAUUGCAAAAGCAGUCCCAAACAAUUAUGCAAGCUGCUGUUGACUAUGCUAGUACAAAUCUUCAAGGGAAAAGGAGUGAGGAAAAGUUUUCAGAAGUGUUUGAGAAGGCAGUGACAAUGGUAGACUCCCUGGGAAUUGAACCUAUUCAACUCCCUCAUCAAAGAAAUCCCCCCAAAAGAUUCACUAGCGGGGCUAGUCAGCAUAAGCCCAAAACACCAGAGGAGUACUAUAGAGUAGAAUUUUUCAAGGUGUUGGACAGUUUGGACAUUCAAUUCAAGGAACGGUUUAACCAACCAGACUUACAGAAACUGAAACAGAUGGAGAAUGUUCUCCUCACUGGGCAGAUGAAUGAUGUGAUUGUACAGUAUCCAGAGAUAAACAAGGAUAUUUUGAAGGUUCAACUACCAAUGUUUCUUUCGAAGCAUACAAUCACGUCAAGUGAUGAAGCUGCAUGCAUUCUGAAAGCAAUGCCAAGUGAGGUGAGAGGCUUAUUUGAUGAGGUUGAGAAGCUUGUUAGGUUGUUGUUGGUCGUCCCUGUGGCCUCAGCUGAAGCUGAACAAAGCUUUAGUGCACUGACAAGACUGAAAACUUGGCUACGAUCUACUAUGUCUCAACAGCGCCUUAAUAAUGUAACUGUAUGCCAUGUGCAUCAACAGGCCCUUGACAAAGUGGACUAUAACAAUGUAGGCCAACAGUUUGUAUCUGUAAAUGACAGACGUAGGGAUCUGUUUGGAAAGUUUAGAUAAAAGGAAGGAAUCAAGAAAAUGUAGUAAAAUGUGGAAAGUAGCCAUAAUGGAGUA